AUGCUGUUUUUGGUGGCCUUCUUCUUGAUUUACCUGGGAACGAUACUGGCAGGAUUGCUGAUCACUAACACCAUCGAUCAAUUAUUCUCCGAGGCACUGUACAUGUCACUUACGGAAAUUGCCAUGGGUGUUAAGACGUACCAUUUGUUCAAACAUUUCUACACUAUUUACCAUCUGCAUCAAGUAGCAAUUUCAAAAGAUUUCCAACCUGUUAAUGAAGAAGAAUCGCAACUGGCUCGCAAGUUACUCUGGAAAGUCAACUUUUGUUAUCUGUUAUAUCAGACAUGGGUUGUUUUAAUAAACCUGUCAGCUAUAUCACUCCUUUUCGACGGGCAAUACAAAUUACCUUACUUUUCCUGGGUAUGGGGUAUACCGUACGGUGCCGAUGUGCCUUACAACUACCUAUUUCUAUGGAGCUAUCAAGUUUUUGGUAUGUUCAUUCACGCUAUUUUGAACAUAAUAGUUGAAUCACAAGUAGGAUAUCUGCUGACGGUAGCCGAUCUGCAGCUAGACUUUCUGGCUCGCAGAUUUUCGAAACUAACCUGUUCCUAUGGAUCGACAAUUGAAAACUUGAAGUACCGCGAACUGUUUAUACGGUUUGUACAACAUUACAACAACGUCAACUGGUUCGUACGGGAUAUUGAGCAUGUUUAUUCAAAACCCAUGUUUGCUCAAUUCUGCGCUAGUGCUGCUAGCAUUUGUGCAACCGCUUAUAGGCUCUCUAUGGUGAACCUCAGAGAAGAUUUUUCAUUGGUGCUGACAUCGUCACUUUAUCUGCUCGCGUUGAUAUACCAAAUUUUUUUACAAUGUUACUUCAGCAAUGAGGUAACUUUGAAAAGCAGUCGUCUCACGUAUGCACUGUAUUCCUGCGAAUGGUACAAUUUAACUUCAAAAAAUAGUAAAGAGAUCGAAAUGAUGAUGAUCCGUUCGCAACGGCCAAUCCGCAUCAUGGCUGGUGGAUUGAUAUAUUGUGAUUUGAAAUCACUUUCAUCGACGCUCAACAUAGCUUAUUCGGUGUUUUGUGUAUUGCAAAGGAGAAAACAAGCACCGGAUCAUAUAUAAUGAUUGUAAAUUGCUGAACUAAAUGUUCGUGCUUAUUUAGU